AUCAAUAGGCUAUUUUGUUUUUUUGGAAACUUGAAAGUGUUCUAACCAAACAGAUACAACUUGCAGCAGUUUGUCUUCGCAAGGGCAAAAGAAUAAAAAUAGAAAAGCUCUCAACUCCUCCGCCAAUCUCCAUGGCCGCCUCUUCGUCCUCAUCGGAAUCGGAGUCGUCGUCGUCGUCUUCCGUUCACCGGGACCGUCAGCGUCACCGGCGUAACCGCAAAGACAAAGAUAAGGACUCUCUCAAGGUCCGUAAGAAAAGCCGCUCUCGCACCAAACGUCGUCGUAUCCGUCAUUCAUCCUCCGAUAGCUAUUCUUCUUCAUCAUCAUCUGAAGAUUGCAGUUCUUCAGACGGUGAACGUGAAGCAGUCAACAGUUCAAAAAGACACAUACAGAAAGAUAGAGCCACAAAGAAGAAGGAUAAAGAGAAAGGGAAAAGUCACCGGCAAAAACGCCAUAAGCAUAAAAUUAAAGAGAAGCAGCAGGUGGAAAGUAGUGGCCCUGUGCAGCUCUCUAAGUUUUUGGGGCGUGACAAGGAUGAUGGCGUCCGUCGGAGUGCAGUCUCUGGAAAAAAGAUUCUCUUGAAACUAGACAAAACAAAGGAGGAUAAGGAAGCAGAGAGUAAACGAAAUGAAUUACUGAAAUUCCUGAAUGCAAGUUAUGAUUGAUUAUUGAAGCCUAAAAGUUGGUGCAAGUUUCCCGCACGUUCAGGCAAAUGUUGAAGCAGUAUGUCUUCAAAUAUCAGCGUUCUCAUUGUAUACAGAUGCUAUCAAUGUGGGAAGUUUGUGAAAAGCACCAUGGCAUUAAGCUCCCAUACAUGGCAUAACAAUACCAUACACUGUAAUGUUAAAUUGUUGAAUUGUUGUGGCUGAUCAUUGGCGAUCUUUAUGGGAGGAAGCCAUCCUUGUUUUUUGACAAGAAUGAAUUUACUAACUGAACUCUGUCUAAUUUCAGACUUAUUUAGUAGCU